GUCAGGAGUUGCAGGAGUCGCGGCACGACUCGCGGCCGCCUCGGAGAAACGCGCUCCUCGGAGUCUCUCGCGGCUUUGGAACGUCGAGUCGAUCGAGUUGCGUGCGUCGUCACCGAUUACGUGCGGGAUUGCGUCGCUGCGCCGAAGAGUGGCCCGUACGAGGGCGAGGAGAGCUCGGUGUUUCGGCCCGACGCCGCCGCCACGCCGUAAACUCUCGGCCGAGCUCGAGCGAGCGAGCCGAGAGAGGAAAUCCCCUAUAUCGAUUCGCACGGUAACCUCAAACUUCGGUGCCAAGUGUGGGCUGGGAAAGAGGAGAGAGAGAGAGAGAGAGAGAGGAAGGGAGUGGAAAGGGGCGGAGAGGGGCGAAAGAGAGGAUUCGGGCAGACGGCAGAGCGCAUCGCCGCGGAGGGAAACCCUCGCCCUUGGCGAGGCCCACCCGAGACGACGGCCCGGCUCCGAGACCACGGACGAUCGCUCCGUAUCAAACCGCCGUCGUUACCGCCAUUUUCGACACUCCGCGGACGACAGGUACAUCCGUCGGUCACUCGCGAGGCUCUCCUUGCCCUUUCGCAUCCCCGUGCCGACUGCGGGGAGGCUCCUUUGUUUUUCGGCCUCCUCGGCCGAGCCCGACACCGGGACGACGUAACCUCUCCUUGGGAUUCGAGGGGCAUCCUUUUGCCCUCCCCGGGUGCGCACCUCGACGUACCCUGGCCAGGAUGAUCGAGUACCUUGUGCCUGGCUGAGCCCUCAUGCUCAGGGAGUCUUCCAGGGUGUGUGGCAGACCAUGGGCUCAGGUCUUGGGCUUUCAAAAUUCCUGCGGAGGAGCUGACUUCGAGAGGAACCCUGUGGAGCGAGCCAUUGAUGAUCCUUGUCGAUCGUUGGAAUUGGUGGAGUGCGGAGUAAAUUGAACGAGACAUAAGGUAGAGCGUGCCCAAGGCAGAGGGUUUGGAAUCGUGAGCCUUGCUCGAUGUUUAGAUCAAUUGAGCAGGCUUUCCAAAGUCUUGGACUUGGCUCGACGUUCGGAUCAAAAAGGCUUCCAUUAUUGAGGUUCAUGGAGUUUAUGAACUUCAAAGAUUGGCUAUUUCAAGUGAUUUUUAAAGAGACUUUAAUUGUGUCCGCUCGACACAUAAUUCAUAUGAAUCCCAAGGAGCGUUACUCGUUCUUUCCCAAUGACAUGUGAUAAGAGGCUGUACAUUGAGGGGCUCGAUGAAAUUCGCCAAAACUCUUGAGAUCUCUCUUACGAAAGUGUUCGGGAAUCCAUGCUUGUCAAGAAGUAUCCUCUACCUGCGGUAUCGUGUCAACCUUCGUGCUCUUAAAAUAUCGUGCAGUCCCGUUGUCUUUUAAUUUUAGUUCAGUGUUCCUCAAAUGACGGAGUGGAGUGAGUUCGCCAAAGAGUCAAUUGUGUCCAUAAAAGUGUAACACGGUUGAAAAUGCUUCUUACAUACGAAAAGCUUACGAGAAGUGCAUCGUGGCUGGACCUAUUCGAGAAGAGGAGCUUCUUUGUGAUAUAACUAAACACACUUGGAUAUUGGUGUAAAUGUCCUGGUGCCAACAUUGCAGAUGGAUAAACAGGGAUGACUGAAAAUUGCUGGAACUCUGGUGGUGUGUGGACAUGUGUUGCAGGCGCUGGCGUCAAGAUGGAGCACUUUCAGGCCACCCUGGACCCCAGGAAGCAGGAGUUACUCGAGGCCCGCUUUCUCGGAGCGAGGGGUGGUCAGAACAACUCGUCGGGUAAAAAUGCGGUUAACAACACGCAGUUCUCCGCAUCGAUCCCGAAUCCCGUGAGGUGCGGCCAGCCGACUGCCCUGGGAAUAGACUGGAUACGCCGCGAGAACGCCCCACGUGACCAGCGCGACCAACGGAACUCGACCUCCUGCACGAGCGCGCACGCUCAGGGCCAGCUCUCUCAGAUGUCCGCUGGGUCACAAAUUCAGAUGGCACCUCAAUCAACCGUAAACUCUGGUCAGUCGGUUCAUAGUCAAGACUCUAACAUGAGCACCGGCUCUUCGCACAGUGACAAAGAGGUGGACCCAAAUACGCCAGAAAAGGUGCCAAGAACCCCUUCCGAAAGGAAGAGAAAACGAAAGAUCGAUGACGGAGGCGGGGGUGGUCCUGUUGGACCUGUCGGGCCUAUCGGGCUGGCAGGAAAAGGAGCACGCUCUGCCUCCGCCUUGGAAAAUAAGAAGAUCAACGACUACUUCCCGAAACAUCAUCUCGGAAGCAGUCCUAUCCGACAUGGCGGUGCUAAGAGUCCCUCCCCUCAGCAAGGGUACCCUAUGUAUCCGCCUUCGCCGCAACAGCACAUUUCACCUCAGGUGACGACACCCAACUCAGUAGUGGCGGAAUUUUCUUCGUUGAUGCAGCCGCCACGACCUCACCCUCAACCUCCUCCUCCUCCUCCGCCAGCCUCGACUCAACCUGCCGGCUCAAUGGUCAGCAAGCAGGUGCAGGUAAGGCCUACCAACCUCCCUAGGACAAGCCAGGUCAGGCAAGCGAAGACUAACACCCCAAAUACGGAACUCACUUGCCAGAGGAUACAAGAGUUCGAAACGCAGGCGUCGUCAGAUUUAGAGCUACGUAAUAACAAAAUUGACGAAUUGAAUAGAACGACGGAUGAACUUAGGCAUCAAAUGGCCAAUCAGCAAAAGGUGAUUGAGCAGCACAAAUCGCAUAUAAAUAAGUGUAUAGACGUUGUAAAGAAGUUAUUAAAAGAAAAAUCAAACAUAGAGAAAAAGGAGGCUAGGCAAAAGUGUAUGCAAAAUAGACUGAGGUUGGGUCAGUUCGUGACGCAAAGGGUAGGGGCGACGUUCCAAGAGAAUUGGACGGAUGGGUACGCGUUUCAAGAACUGGCUCGACGGCAGGAGGAAAUCACGACGGAGAGGGAAGAGAUCGACAGGCAGAAGAAGUUGCUCCUGAAGAAGAGGCCGUCGAACAGUGAAACCGGAAGAAAACGAAGCCAGCCUCAACCUUCCCUACAUAACGGCACCGAGGCUACUUUUCUCAAACCGGAUGCGGUGCCUGGCUCCUACACUUGGCAGGAGUAUUACGAGGCUGACGAAAUACUCAAGCUGAGGCAAAGUGCGUUAAAGAAAGAGGACGCAGAUUUGCAACUGGAGAUGGAGAAGUUGGAGAGGGAACGGAACCUCCACAUCAGGGAAUUAAAACGCAUACACAACGAGGACCAAUCGAGAUUUAAUUCUCAUCCCGUACUGAACGAACGAUACCUUCUACUUAUGCUGCUAGGGAAGGGUGGUUUCAGUGAGGUGCAUAAGGCGUUCGACUUAAAAGAGCAACGCUACGUGGCCUGCAAGGUACAUCAACUAAAUAAAGACUGGAAAGAAGACAAAAAAGCUAAUUAUAUUAAACAUGCGUUACGGGAGUACAACAUACAUAAGGCUCUAGAUCACCCCCGGGUCGUCAAACUGUACGACGUGUUCGAGAUCGACGCCAAUUCGUUUUGUACCGUCCUAGAAUACUGCGACGGACACGAUUUAGAUUUCUAUCUCAAGCAGCAUAAAACAAUACCAGAGAGAGAAGCGAGAUCUAUCGUUAUGCAAGUAGUGUCCGCAUUGAAAUACCUCAAUGAAAUAAAACCCCCAGUCAUACAUUACGAUUUAAAGCCAGGUAAUAUUUUAUUGACCGAGGGCAAUGUGUGCGGCGAAAUCAAAAUUACGGAUUUCGGAUUAAGUAAAGUCAUGGACGAGGAGAAUUAUAACCCAGAUCAUGGAAUGGAUUUGACUUCUCAAGGGGCUGGUACAUAUUGGUACCUUCCACCGGAAUGUUUUGUAGUAGGAAAAAAUCCGCCAAAAAUAUCGUCAAAAGUCGACGUUUGGAGUGUAGGAGUCAUAUUUUAUCAGUGUUUGUACGGAAAAAAGCCUUUCGGGCAUAAUCAAUCGCAAGCCACGAUCCUGGAGGAAAAUACAAUUUUAAAAGCAACGGAGGUCCAGUUCGCCAAUAAGCCGACCGUUAGCAACGAAGCGAAGAGUUUCAUUAGGAGUUGCCUGGCGUACAGGAAAGAGGAGCGCAUCGACGUCUUGACGUUGGCGCGACACGAGUACCUCCAGCCACCAGUGCCAAAGCACGGCCGCCAAGCGAACAGUCAGCAGCAGCAACAGCAGCAACAGCAACAGCAGCAGAUCCAGCAGCAGCAGACAUCGUUUACUACCGGCAUGUUCAGUGGUAUGAACGCGUCGAGCAGUUCGUAGUGGAAAGAGAGACUUAAAAGAUGAAGUAUCCUCGACAUACUUAUACAUGCCAAAUCUUGAACACUGAACUGCACACCGUCUCGUCUUAAGGAAGUAACGAUUGCUAUAAUCAAUUGUAAAUACUA